UGCGUCUCCACCCGGAAGAGCUGCCGGGGCUGCAAAGUUGAGGCUGUGCGCGGCUGGGCGAUCUUCAGGAGCGCAGGCCUGGCCGAGCAGCCGCGCGAAGCUAACACUGCGGAGUCUGCGCGCCCCCGCGGCCCGAGGCGCUCCGAGCGGCCACGCGCACGCCCCGCCCCCACUGGGUUCCUCGUGCCCCGGGGGCUGCGAGGACUACCCCGCCGCCGGGCCGGAGCUCCCGCGCCUUUGGGAGGAGCGCGUCCCCGGAGAAGCUGACACUGCGUGUCAGCCGUAAUCUAGAUUCAAGAUGAAUAAUGAUCAAGUUAUGCUGGUGGGUCAAGUGUUCGAGUCAUAUGCUUCAGAAUACCAUAAGAAUGACAUUCUUCUGAUCUUGAAGGAGAGAGAUGAAGAUGCUCAUUACCCAGUUGUAGUUAAUGCUAUGAACCUUUUCGAGACCAACAUGGAAAUUGGAGAAUAUUUCAAUGCAUUCCCCAAUGAAGUGCUAACUGUUUUUGAUAAUGCACUGCGAAGGUCAGCCUUGACAAUUCUCCAGUCCCUUUCUCAGCCUGAGGGUGCUUCCAUGAAGCAGAAUCUACAUGCCAGGAUAUCAGGGUUGCCUGUCUGUCCUGAGCUGGUGAGGGAACACAUCCCUAAAACCAAGGAUGUGGGACACUUUUUAUCUGUCACCGGGACAGUGAUUCGAACAAGUCUGGUGAAGGUGCUGGAGUUUGAACGAGAUUACAUGUGUAACAAAUGCAAACAUGUAUUUGUGGUCAAGGCUGACUUUGAGCAGUACUACACCUUCUGCCGCCCAUCCUCGUGUCCCAGCUUGGAGAGCUGUGAUUCUUCUAAAUUCACCUGCCUUUCAGAUUUGUCUGCAUCUCCAUCCCGGUGUAGAGAUUACCAGGAAAUCAAAAUUCAGGAACAAGUUCAAAGGCUAUCUGUUGGAAGUAUUCCACGAUCUAUGAAGGUUAUCCUGGAAGAUGACUUAGUAGACAGUUGCAAAUCUGGUGAUGACCUCACUAUUUAUGGGGUUGUAAUGCAACGGUGGAAGCCCUUUCAGCAAGAUAUACGCUGUGAAGUGGAGAUAGUGCUGAAAGCCAACUACGUCCAAGUAAAUAAUGAGCAGUCAUCAAGGAUUAUUAUGGAUGAGGAAAUCCGAAAGGAAUUUGAAGACUUUUGGGAAGACUAUAAGAAUGAUCCCUUCGCAGGAAGGAAUGAAAUACUGGCCAGCUUGUGCCCUCAAGUGUUUGGGAUGUAUCUAGUAAAGCUUGCUGUGGCCAUGGUGCUGGCUGGUGGGAUUCAAAGGACUGAUGCUACAGGAACAAGGGUCAGAGGUGAACCUCAUCUUUUAUUGGUUGGGGAUCCUGGCACAGGGAAAUCUCAAUUCCUCAAAUAUGCAGCCAAGAUUACACCAAGAUCUGUGUUGACCACAGGAAUUGGAUCUACCAGUGCAGGUCUGACGGUAACUGCUGUAAAGGACUCAGGAGAAUGGAAUUUGGAGGCUGGGGCAUUAGUACUUGCAGAUGCAGGCCUUUGCUGUAUCGAUGAGUUUAACAGCCUUAAAGAACACGAUAGAACCAGCAUCCACGAAGCAAUGGAACAACAAACCAUAAGUGUUGCUAAGGCUGGUACAGGUUACCCAAGCAAAUCAGAGAAGCUGUGGAGUAUGGAAAAGAUGAAAACCUACUUCUGCCUCAUUAGGACUCUCCAGCCCACUCUGUCUGAUGCUGGCAAUCAAGUUCUUCUUCGGUACUACCAGAGGCAAAGGCAGAGUGAUUCCCGGAAUGCCGCCAGGACAACCAUCCGCCUGUUGGAAAGCUUGAUUAGAUUAGCAGAAGCUCAUGCUCGGCUAAUGUUUCGUGAUAUUGUGACUCUGGAAGACGCUAUUACUGUGGUAUCAGUAAUGGAGUCUUCAAUGCAGGGAGGUGCACUGCUGGGAGGUGUGAACGCUCUCCACACUUCCUUUCCUGAAAAUCCUCAGGCGCAGUACCAGAGACAGUGUGAACUUAUUCUGGAAAAACUGGAGCUGCAGAGCCUCUUAAAUGAAGAGCUUGAAAGACUUGAAAGGUUACGGAAUGAAAGUGCAUGCCAAUCCCAACCACAGGCAAUGGAGACAGAAACUGUUCGAGGGUCCUCAGGGAAUGAUACAAGGGAAGAACCAAAGUUUAGAACUUCAACACAGCAGGACCUGAACUGUAGCCCACAUACUUCCUCCCUGGGAGGCAGUCCCCAGGGAGGCCCACUUCUAGACCUCCAACCCCAUCUGAGGUCUGACAAAACAACAAGUAGACGACAUUCAGCUGAGCUCAAAGAUGGCAGAGAUGACGGUUUGGACUGGUUUGACUUCAUGGCAUCAAAUAAGAUAGAACCUGAAAAUACUGUUCUCUCUCCUGGUCCCGAAGCAACUAAAAAAAACAAGGCGAUGAAAAUCUCUAAGAACAAAUCUCAAGGUAGGGAAAAGAGUGGGCCAGGCCAAGAAUCUAGGCCACUUCUAUCACCAGGAGCAACAGGUGGUUCACUGAGGCCAGGAAGUGUGGAGGGUAAAAAGGCCAAAAGGAGAGCGUUGGUGUCUGAAGCAGCAGUCCCUACUGAUGAGCCCGACUCGGUACUGACUCAGCAUGUCCCUAGCAGGUUGCUCAGGCUGCGCAAGGAUAAGGCCCAGGUGUCAUCCAAAAGUACCACCAGUGUGCCUUCACAGCCCACAGACCCUUCUGCUGCUCAGUCCAUUCCUGCACAUGGGCCAGAAAAAACACCAGAAAUAUCCAAAGGAAAGAGAUUGAGAUCCCUUGCUCAGGAAGAAGAGUCUGAACUUGAAAGUGUUAAUCCAGUUCUCCCAGUAGCCAAACUGGCAAAGUUUACUUUCAAACAGAAGUCAAAACUGAUUCACUCCUCUGAACAACACAGUCAUGCAUCUUCUGGCACAAGUAAAAUAACAGUUUGUAGUCCUAAAAGUCCCCAACAUAGAAUACGAAGAGAAGCAGCUGUGUCUGUGCAGGGUCCAGAAAAGCUGACCUCUACCUCAGGAAACAGAAACUUCAAUCAGCAACAGAGUGAAACAAAGGAGCUGUUACAUCAGCCACCAGAGAAGGAUGGAUCAAGAGAGGAGAAGGAAUGUGGCCCUGAAAAGAGGGUUAUUCAGCCUGAGUUGGAGCUUGGGAACAAGACUGGGCAUUCUCAUCUAACUUGUGAGACAGACAGAAAGGAAGAGGUUUCAUCCAGUAAGAAAAGCAACAAGGUUCACGCUGGCACGUUGGCCAAAUUGGCAAACUUCUCUUUUACUUCCUUGCUGGAAUCCAAAUCAGAGUCCCCUCCUCCUCCUGAAAGGAAGAACUGGGGUGAGAGAGGCCCCAGCCUGCCUCCUCCAACCACAGAUCCAAUGCUUGAGAGUAAAAGGAAAUCUUUUCAGCUGCAGGGCUCUGCUGAGAAACUGAUUCUUUCUAAAAAUUCUCUCUUCACUCUAUCAGAGCUAGAUGAUGAAGCAUUAGAUUUUGACUGGGAUGAAGAGAUGAGAAAAAAGCCAUAAUUGUGGAAAGCUUUCUGAUCAAAUUCACCUUCCCUGACUCAACAUAAUACCCUCAGAUUAUCAGUGUAGUAUUUAUGUGUAUGAACUAUCAUCCAUGUUCAUUUUGAGCACCAUUCCAAAUACCAGCUUCCCCAUCAAGUUUUAUUUUUCAGGUUUAUCUUCAUGACUUAAAAAAGUUGUCUAAUUUGAAUAAGAGUGAUAACAGCACUCUAAAUGAAUGGAUUGUGCUUAAUUUUGCAAAUGGAGUAUUCUCAAAGAUAGUUUUGUUAUUUCAUCUUUUUUUUUUUUUUAAUGAGGAGGGGCUCAUUCCUAAAUCCCUUCUUUCCAGGAAAAAAAUGCUUCAAAGGUAGCACUCAUAAGUCCAAAGGCAGAUGAACUCUUCUAUUUUUUCUUUUUUAUCUUUACCCAGGAUGUACCAAGUAUGGUGAAUAUUUAUUAUCACUUGGAAUUAUCAUGUGUUUUUCUAAUAUUACUUUUGUGUUUAUUCUCAUGCACCAGAUUAAAUGUUGCUAAUACUUUUCUCUGAGAGGUAUCCUUACAACUCGAUAGCAUUCUGAAGAUCUGGCAGCUAGUCAAAUAGUAGAUUUCUGAAGUACUGAUCUUUUUGAGUUUUCUUUUUUCUUGAUCCAACAUUAUGUGCCUCAGAUUCUUUUUUCCUCUCAGGGACCUACCUUUCACACAACUUAAAUUAUUAUGUGGUCAGUAAAAAAGAGUGUACCCUAGUCUCAGCCAUACAUCAUGUCACAUGUACCCAAAUGGUUAAUGUGGAAAUGUGAUUCCUACCAAGAUAUGAUUCAUUUGUCUUUAAAAUAAAGCAAAUGAUUAUUUUUGACAGGAAUAGAUAACUUAAACUCUGUUUUUCUGUGUGCAUUUAAAUCACUUCUUCCUUUGGCUUCUAGCAGGGUCCUUGGGAUUACUUAAUUACAGUCUUUCUUUUCUAAAUUAUGCGUUUGUACCAUAAUGAUUGAUUCCUUAAUUGUCUGAAAAACUUCUGGGCAUGAAAAUUACUCAAAUAUAUGUACUUUUCUAAGCUUUUACUUCAUUAAAUUUAGAGAAAGCCAAAUUUGGUAAACAAAUUUUUCUUAAACAUUUCAACAUUAAUUCAAAUAUUGACUAAUUAAAAUUUCUAAAAAAAUUUAAACUAUGAGUACAAAUUCAGUAUGUAUAAGUCUUUUGAAGUCUUCAAACAUCUUAAACAGCUGAUAAAAGAUACAAGUAAUGAUCAUAAAAUUGACUUACACCUUUUCUAAAACAUUAAGAUUAUAGUGUAAGUAAUUUAUUAUUUCUUUACUUGGUCAGUUACUUCCUGUAUAGUACAAUUCUUAAUCUAAUGUAUUCCUACUCUUAGUACUCUUUCUUUCUUGAGUUUCAUUAUUCUUCAACAAAGGGGAAAAGAAAGAGUUUGGGGUUUUGACCAGUUGAAUCUAGUCUGGAUAUGGUUGUUGUAUAGACAAGAGUAAUUCAAACCUGAGCCACAGUGUGGAGCUGACUUUUUAUGUUUGAAACUUGGUAUAUUUUGUAGUAAUGACAUACAUUGGAUUUUACAUGCUGGACAAUACCUAACCUAUUGGCUUGUCAUUAGGGUAUUUUGAUCUCUUGUUAUCAUUUAAAAUGUUUGAAUUCUUUGUUGGGAA